AUGACGUCGGGGCGGCGCGACGCGCCGGCGGAGGCGUCGGGAGCUCGCGUCACCUUUGUCUCUCCGGCAGGUCUCCGGGGGAGAUGGCCUUUGCCCGCCGGAGGGGUUUCCCUCAGGCUCUGCAGCACGCGGGUGAGUCUGGAGGGCAUCAACAAGCCCGUCAUAGACCGCAUCAUCCGGGUGGACCAUGCGGGGGAGUACGGGGCAAACCGCAUUUAUGCGGGGCAGAUGGCCGUCCUGGGUAGAUCGAGUGUGGGACCGAUUAUCCAGCAAAUGUGGAAUCAAGAAAAAGACCACCUGAAAAAGUUCAAUGAACUAAUGGUUGCAUACAGAGUUCGUCCUACUGUUUUAUUGCCUUUUUGGAAUGUAGCAGGUUUUGUUUUAGGGGCUGGAAGUGCUUUACUUGGAAAGAAAGGUGCAAUGGCUUGCACAGUGGCAGUGGAAGAGAGUAUAUCGGAUCACUACAAUAGCCAGAUCCGAACUCUUAUGGAAGAAGAUCCAGAAAAGUACAAAGAACUACUGCAGAUAAUAAAGCAAUUUCGAGAUGAUGAACGGGAGCACCAUGACAUUGGGCUUGAGCAUGAUGCAGAAGCAGCACCAGCUUAUUCAGUUUUGAAGACAGCUAUACAACUUGGAUGCAAAGCUGCAAUAUUUUUAUCAGAAAGAAUUUAGUGAUAUUUUCCAUAAUGUUUGUGGCAAUAAACUGUGACACAAAAGUGUACGGAAAUUGCACAAGACUAGUAAUUAUUUUAUUCAGCCUUUUAAAGUUUUCUUCACUAAGUGUCUGAUUCAGCCAUUCUUUGUCACAUUGAGUACCUGUUCAAAAAGUGUCUAUAUUAAAGUCACUUGAGGUAAAUGUGAAUGAAAAUGGCAGAAUUGGGCCUGUAUGAACUAAACCUCCUUAUUCAGAGACUGUUCACAAGG